AUGGAUGGUUCAGAAAAUGUUCCAACUUAUAAUCAAAACGAAAAUUUCACGCCUGCUUCACAAGCUCCUUCGCUUUUGACAAGAGAUCAAGAGCAUAGGAUCAUGGUAUCUGCUUUGCGGCAAGUGAUAUCCAGCCCCGGAGGUGGCACGUCAUCAUCAAACUGGAUCGCUAGCGAAACUCUUCCGCCUCCAAACGCCGAACCUUGUCCUCUCUGCAACAGAACUGGUUGCUACGGUUGCGCAUUCCCACGGCACGAAGAGGUAAAGAAAGAGAAGAAGCACAAAGGAGUGAGGAAGAAACCAUCAGGUAAAUGGUCGGCGGGGAUAUGGGAUCCAAGUAUUAAAGCAAGGAGGUGGCUAGGAACGUUCCCGACCUAUGAGAUGGCGGUGCAGGUUUACGAGGAGGCGGCAACUGAGUUAUCGGCAAAAGAUCAGUGA